UUCUCUCUUUCUCUCUUUCUCUCUUUCGUGCUCCUUCCGUCCCCGCGGCAGCAUGGAGCCCAACAGCCCUCGGAAAAUCCAGUUCACCGUCCCGCUCUUGGAGCCUCACCUCGACCCGGAGGCGGCGGAGCAGAUCCGAAGACGCCGUCCAACUCCAGCUACCUUGGUCUUGAGCAGUGACCAGUCAUCUCCAGAAAUCGAUGAAGACCGACUUCCCAACCCUCUGUUGAAGCCGGGACUGGCAAUGUCACCAAGGCAGAGGAAGAAGGUUUCCCGUACUACCCCCACCAUGAAAGAGCUCCAGAUGAUGGUUGAACACCACCUCUGCAAACAGCAAGCAGAUGAAGAAGAUGCCAACACCGAGAGCCAGGAACCCCACAGUCCAAGCUGCUGUCCCCAUGCCAGCUCAGAGCCUGGGCACAGUCCUGGAAGUUGCCCUUUGGCCCAAGCCCAUGCCCUGCUCGAGUCCCAGAAGGAUGAGCACUCCGGCCUUGAGGAACAAGGAAGAAUUCCUGGAGCAUGCGGAGCAGAGAGACCUCAUAACGCAAGACCAGGGUUGUCGUCAGAGAAGCAAGGAGUCCAUAUACCACCGGAGGGAAAGGAGCGGCUGGCCAAGGAGUGAUUAUCAACUUCUGGUAUGGAGGCUACAUCUGAAGGCAGGGCUCGUGCCUAUCCGAUGGAAUAUCUCACAGCUGUUUUCUUUUCUUUUUUCCUCUCCCUUUUUUAAAAUGAUUGUGGUUUUCCUUUCUUUUUUUAAGAUUUCAAUUGCUGUUCAGAUGUUUGUAAUGCUUUUUCGUUUGUAAGAAAAAUAAUAAUGUUAUGGGGAGGAAAUUAUCCAUUCGAUUUGUGGGUUAAUAGUCAGUUACAGGUGUAAAAAAGAUUAUGAGUCAAGCCUAGAGCAAUAGAAAGUUGAUGUUUUUUUAAAAUCAGAACUGGCAGAGCCUCUGUGUUAUAGCUCUUUUUAACAGUGGCCCAGUUCUCCUGAACAGGAGAUGAGUUGAUGUCUGAAACUGUGCCACUUUAAACUUGCAGGUGGAGUCCACGUGACUAAAUGUAAAAGAACUAUUUGCUUAUACACGUUGAAUAUCGCUUAUCCAGAAUUCCAAAAUCUGAAAUACUUCAGAACCCAAAAUUGUUCACGCGUGCCACCUUUGCGUUCUGAUGGUUUAAUGUACACAAACUUUAUUUCAUGCACCAAUUUAUUUUUUAAACUGUGUAUAAAGGUAUCUUGAGGCUAAGUAUAUGUGAAACAUAAGUGUUUAGACUUGUGUCUCAUUUACAAGAUAUCUCAUUAUGUAUACCUGAAAAAAAAUCAGAAAUAAGGAACAUACAUGGUUUUGGAUAAGAGAUACUCAACCUCAACACAAUUAGAGAAGAAUUAUGGUUUAACUUUCUCUACCAGGCCACUUUUUAUAGAUAUGGUGGUGGUAUAGUACAUGGUGUAGUACAUACUGGGAAAUACACAGCUUUUCCUAGUGUACAUCAGAAGGAAAGAACAUUAGAAAGAACUUCCUGACUGUGAGAGCUGUUCAGCAGUGGAACUCUCUGCCCCAGAGUGUGGUAGAGGCUCCUUCUUUGGAGGCUUUUAAACAGAGGUUGGGUGGCCAUCUGUCAGGGGUGCUUUGAAUGUAAUUCUCCUGCUUCUUGGCAGGGGGUUGGACUGGAUGGCCCACGAGGUCUCUUCCAAUUCUAUGAUACUAUAAAAGGAGGCAGAAGACUGCUGGUCUAGGAUGGGAACAUGCCUUAGUUCAUGGUAGCAUCCAUACAACUGGGUCCUCCUCAGUACAGAUGGGUGUCUACUUGUGGAAGUCUCUCCACUAUUUUCCAAAGGCAGGGCCCUGGCAGUUGCUAUGGCCAUUCACUUUUUCCAUUUCCAAAUUACAGACCCCAUCUUUAAGUCAUCCACACUCUAGUAAUAUUCCUGCCUGAGAGUUGUAGGGUGUCUCAAUCAAUGACAGGGCAUUUUUGCCCUUCCUGAUCCCUCCCCCUCAAACUCAAUUGCCUCCACAUCAGGAAUAGUGCCAUCCAGCAGUGCCUUCUGGGGGCAACAGGUUUUCCUCCCUUUAAACCACCUACAAGCCUCAAUCGUGUGUGCGUAACCACCAAAUGGCAUCACACACAAGAAAUAAGUACCCUUGUUUCCUAGGGACACAAGUGUAUACCUACCGCUCUUUGUUACACAGUAGUGAGUCCUUGAAAUACCAGCCUAUUCUUUAUCUUCAUACAUGACAUAUGAGCAGUAUUUAACAUUUUCUUCUAACCACUAGAAAACAUUGGUAGGUUUCUCCAGCCUGAUAAGAAAGCCAGCUGAAGACACUCUAGAUAAGGAAUUAAAGAAAAACACUCUCACCGUGUCUCUGGCAGCAGUACUUUCAGCUGGAGCCCUCAACUGAAUUGAGUCCCUUCUCUAAGCCAGGAGGUGAGGGAGGAGAUGUCUUCCCAGGUGUCAUUGAACUCCAACUUCCAUCAGCUCUGUGAUUUGGAGUCCAACAGCAUCAAUGGAAGUGUAGGUUUUCUACCAUCUCCUGCUCGACACCAUCAUUAGUAAUCAUAUCUCAGCUAAAGAGUUGGCAGCACCAGGCUACAACCUGUGCGAGAACACCAAGGUCCACCCACUUGAGGUUAACAUUAAGUUUCAAUGUUGUGCAUCCUUGAAUUGUUGACACUGUUGUACAUAUCUGGAUUGCAAUUCUGGACUCCCUGCCCUCCCCACCAACCUGCCACACAUGUGAAUCCCGCUUCUUUUAUUAAACGGGUCAUCUUCG